UGAGUAUAGAUGAGGCUUUCUGAAGUCGAGGAGGUUUAGUUUUAUAGUUGAGCAUUUUUGGACUUUGAUUGAAAGAUUUUCGAGGGGAGGGAUGUAUUCAGGAGGGAUUCUUAAGGUGAUUUGGGUUAAUGUAUCAGCCCAAGGAUAUUGGAGAAUGUCUGGAGAAAGUUUAUCUCCCAAAACAUUAGUCACCACAUCGUGUAAAUACUGAGUGAGAAAACCUUCUAUAAUAACGCUACCGUCAGCAAUAAUCAUUAGGUGUUCCAGCUUUGAUUUUCCAUUUGUUCUCGCUACGACUUCUCCUGGCUUUAUAACUCAUUCAGAAAAUUCUACUUUCUUUGCUCAAUAACAAGACAGAAGAAUCUUCAUAAAUUGCUUCAUGCUCAAAUUUAUUCUCAUAAAAUUCAAUGACACAGAUUUCUGAUUGCUGAGCAAGCGGAUAUAUUUCUGAAAGCUUUUGGCUCUCUGCAAGUCAUCAGUGAUAACUAUAUUAUCAGCAGGAAUCAUCCAUCUAAUUCUCUGUGUAGUCAUUCUGAAUACCUUGUUGAGUUUGGUCUUGCUCAUAACUUUGCCUUGGAAUCCAACCAUUGCGGCUGGGUAUCCACUUCUGUAGACCAGCAUGUGGGUGAGAGGCUGGCGAGGACCUGCUCUCGCAUUGGAAGGAUACCAAUAAAAAGCAAAAGCUUGCCCGUACAGGUACGGCUGGUAGUUGGACAGGAAGGCAUUGUUUGCAUCCGAAGUGAGCUGCUUGUCUUCAGCCCAGAUUUUCACUUGGGAUUGUGAGUAGAGUUCGGCCAUGACCAUUUCGAUCAUUUGGGAGUCUUGGAGUUGACAUUGGGCUUCCAUUU